AUGUGUACUGCGUACAUGCAAGCCGCAUACUCGUCUACUACGCCACGCCAUAUAGAGCGGGCCAGUACGUGUGUCAACACCCGCUCCGGCCGAUACGGAUACAUGGUCGUUGCCCCAGCAGAGUGGCACCGGAGGCGCAACAACACGGAGAUCGGGAUCCAAAGAGAAGGCGCCUCUCCUGUCAGCAGUAUCGUGAGUAGCGAAUGGAGGCAUGGGGAACAGCAGUUGCUUUCGCUGGUGCCACCGAUGGUGCUGCUGCGGCGGCAGGCCUCGUCAUUUGCCGUUGGCCAUCCGGACACGGUAGUGCAUCGUCAACCAACCCCCGUCAGGUGGACAGUGGACUGA